GCGGUGCUGUGAGGAGCCCCCGCACAGCGCACUUGUUCUUGUCUGACCCGGAGCUUUUCUGAGGAGUUCUUCCUGCAGCUGACCUUGAGGCCAGACCACAGGACCUGGUGACCCGUGGCCUUCCGAGGCUUCUGUUUUGCAGGUGCCCACAAGGGCGGAGCGUGGGACUUGGUGCCUUGGACCUUUUCCAAGACUUCUCUCCUGCAACUAGCUCCUACUAGUCACUGACAUGGAGCAGAGAUCCCUGAGAGUGCCCAAGAUGGCCUGUUUGGAGGAGGAGAAAGAAGGCUCUGGAGCUGCCCCAGCAGAGCAGACUGAAGAGGUGGUGCCGCUCCAUCCACCACAGGAGGAUGCAGCCGUGGAGCGCACACAAGAGCAGCAAUCCAGCCGUGGCUGCUUCCACAGAACAGUGCAGCUCGUUUGCAAAUUCAUCAAGAGGAUUCGUCAGGAAGAGACCAUCACCAGGGGCGCUGGGUUCAGACCAUACUCGCCCAUCUUCCAAAGCAAGACCAGUGCUGCCCUGCUGUAUAUGCUUGUAGAGGAAGGUUUUUACAAUCCAAAGCAAGUGCCUGCCAUGGUGAGGUACAUCCACCAGUGGCUCCUGGCCAAUGAUUCCGCUGAGCACAGGCUGGACAAGACCCUGCUGAAUCUCACUGAAGCACAGCGUGAUGAUGUAGUCAUGACGCUCCUGCGUGUGGCCCCGUCCUGUGACAGAGCUGCCAUGGCCAUGUGGAAAACCAUCAUGUGCUCGCCCAGGACUGCAAAGCCAGUGCAGCUGACACUCCUGGAUGUGCUGGGGAACUGGCCUGAGCACAGCACGUGCACCUCCGAUGGGGACAAAACGGGUGUCUUUGCCCUGGCUGCAACUGUGGUGAUGUGGAAGAUCCUCCAGGUGCGCUGUGUCCCACAUCUAAUGAAGUUUUAUUUCCCACGCCUGUUUGUGCAGCUGCUCUUCCAAGUGUUCUUCAGCACAGAAGGGAUGCCAAAGAAGGUUGAUACCUUCUGGAAGGGAUGCCAGGAAGAACACGGCCUUGCCAGCAGCCCCAACAGCUUUGCAGUGCGGACCCUGAAGUUGCUGCUCUGCCGAAAGCAGUACAAGGAUGUGGUGGUGGCAAUGGAACGCAGGGGUGCCUGGGACACACUGCUCUGUGCUGACACCCACCACUAUGCCGUGGGUCUGCUGGCCAGGGAGAUGUCCUGCGUCUCCAUAUUCUCCUGUUCCCAGGUCUUUCGCUACCUGCUCCGGCUGCUGAGCACACAGGAGCUACGCUGGGAUCUGCCUGCCCUGGCGUUCCUUGUGGAGGUCCUCGAGUGCCUGGACUUGAGGGAACGUGAGGCUGACAGAGUCCUGCAAAUCUUGUCAAGGCAUGUGCAGAGCAAGUGCAGGGAGAGGCGUCACCUGGCACUCAGGGCCCUUCUCAAGCUCACUGAUGAUCCCUCAAUGACCGAAAAAAUGUGGAGCCUGAUUGAAAGUCUUGUGGAGCUCCUGUGGGAUGCAAAUGGAGAGGCAGUUAAAAUGACAGUCAUGGUACUCAGCUUUAUAAUCUUGGACAAGGACCUACGGAUACCCAGCCCCAUUGCCCUGCAGCUGGCUGAGGCGCUCCUGCCACUCUUUGACCAUAAUAAUAGCCAGGUGCAACUGCUCUCCAUAUUGCUCUUCCGAACAUUGCUGACUCUUCCACUGAAAAAGGAAAGAAAGGUCCUGAAGUCACAGGUGUGACAGAGCCUGCUCCCACUCUUCUUCCACUGCCAUGAUGAGAAUUGGCGUGUGGCACAAGCUUCUCUGGAAACGCUGCUUUGUGUGGCUGACUUCCUGAAGAGGAAGGAUCUUGACAAAGUGGUGAAGAAGAAGAAACUGUGGAUGUUCGCAGACACCCUGGUAAGGACAGCUUGGAAUCCGGAGCCUCAGCCUGGAGAAGGCCCC